AUGGAAGGUGAUAUGACUGCAAAUGAUACUGAAAUUGAUUUAUAUGCUGAUGUUGUAGAAAACGAUCUAGAACAAGAACCAGGCGAAGAGUAUGGACAUGAAGAUCAACAGCAAGAUGGGGAUUUAUAUGAUGCAGUUAUCACAGCACAACCAUCGGGCACGGAUUUUAACGAUAUAACAAAUACACCAAAUCGUAUCAAUAAAAUAUCAAAUGAUACGGCAGCCGGUGUGCAAAGUGGUUACAGCGGAAAACGAAUUUCAUUAUACGUUGGUCAACUCACUUGGUGGACAACAGAUCAAGGUUUAAGCGAUAUAAUUCAAUCACUCGGAAUUAAUGAUUUACUUGAAAUUAAGUUUCACGAAAAUCGUGUUAAUGGCCAAUCCAAAGGUUUUGCAGUGGUAACAGUUGGCUCUGAGAGCUCAUCUCGAAUUAUUGGAGAAAAAUUACCGAAAAAAGAUAUACAUGGUCAAAAUCCAACAGUAUUACCAUGCAAUAAACAAUCAUUAAGUUUUUUUGAAGGGCAAAAUUCUAAAGAUCAACCAGCUGAAGCACCACCUUCAAUGAAUCCACCUCUUAGAUCACCCAUGAUGCGUCCACCAAUACAUGGUUUACCAUUACCAAUGCCGAGACCCAUGGGUGAACCAUAUCGUUUUCACCCACAGGGACUACCCAUGGCAGGCAGUCAACCCGGUCUAAGACCACCAAUGCAAAUUCCUCCUCAAGUACGUCCACCACAACAAAUUCUUGUUGGAAGACCAGGCAUCCCUAUCCAAAAUUUACAACAGGGUGGUGCGCCUCCUUCAGGUCAUCAACAGGUAGUUAUCAUGCAACAGUCAGGAUUACCGACUCAACAACCAGGAACAAAUGGACUCUCGAUGGCCCAGUUAACAGCUAAUCAUCGUCCUCAAGGUAUACCUAUGCCACAACAACCUGAACGAACUCAACGAGAAUGGGAUGGCAGACCACCGCAAGGUGUAUCUAUUCCAUCAAAUUCAAUGACAGCCUUACCUCACCAUCCACAAGGCUAUUAUCCUGGUCAAAAUCCAGCUGUGACAGCGCCAUUACAUCAUUCACUAUCUCAUCCAAGUCAAAAUCAUGUACAUGAUUCGUACUAUCGUUCUGUAGCCGUCGGGGGUGAACGUCAUGAUCCAAAUAUGGCAGGUAUUAGUAUUAGUGAAACAGAAUUUCAAGAAAUAAUGGAACGAAACAAAACCGUGUCAAGUAGUGCAAUUGCUCGAGCUGUUCAAGAUGCAUCGGCUGGUGAAUUCGGUACAGCAAUAGAAACAUUGGUGACAGCUGUAUCGUUAAUAAAACAAUCAAAAAUUGCUAAUGAUGAUCGUUGCAAAAUUUUAAUUAGUUCAUUACAGGAUACAUUAAAAGGAAUUGAAGAUAAGUCAUAUGGGCAAAGAAUUCGACAUAGAAGUCGCUCACACGAUUCAUCACGAGAAUCAUCUAGAAAAAAACAUCGUCGAACACGUAGUCCAAGAGAUCGAGAAUAUCGUCGAGAAGACUACGACGCAAAAUAUAGUCGUGAACAUAGAAGAAGAUGA